AUGUCCAAACGAUUCUCGGCCGCCGAUGUUGCCUCGCACAACAAGGCAGACAACCUCUACAUUAUCGUCGACGAGGACGUCUAUGACUUGACCAAGUUUCAAGACGAGCAUCCAGGUGGGAAGAAGAUCCUGCAGCGCGUGGCCGGUAAAGAUGCCUCGAAGCAAUUCUGGAAAUACCACAAUGAGGGGAUCCUCAAGAAAUACAAGGGCAAGUUGCAGGUCGGGUCGUUAGACACAAAGAAGGUCGAGGCGCCACCCACGCCUCCGGCCACACCUCCGGCGGAAAAGGUGUCGGAGAAGAAGGUGCAACCACAAGCAGAGUCUGGCACUGUCGCUCCCGCACCGGGCCCGGCUGCUGCAGAAGAAGCCGAGGCGCUGGAUCCCUUUGGGUCUCUUAUUCCCUUCGGCGAUCCAAGCUGGUAUCAAGGGUACCACUCGCCCUACUACAACGAGACUCACGCUGCCCUCCGUGCCGAAGUCCGAGAAUGGGUUGACAACGAGAUCGAGCCUUACGUGACCGAGUGGGACGAGGGCAAGAAAGUGCCCGAUGAGAUCUACAAACAGAUGGGUGAACGAGGCUAUCUGGCUGGUCUUUUGGGGGUCAAAUACCCGACGCAUCUGGUCAAAAACCACGUCAAGAGCGUCCCUCCGGAGAAGUGGGACCUAUUUCACGAAAUGCUUCUGACGGACGAGCUGUCGCGGAGCGGAUCCGGCGGGUUGGUGUGGAAUCUGAUCGGGGGCUUUGGGAUCGGAUGCCCCCCGCUGAUCAAGUACGGUAAGAAGGAGCUCAUCAACCGCAUCUUGCCGGGGAUCCUCGCUGGGGACAAGAGAAUAUGUCUGGCCAUCACCGAACCCGACGCGGGGUCCGACGUUGCCAACCUAACUUGCGAGGCCAAGCUGUCUGAAGACGGCAAGCAUUUUAUUGUCAACGGCGAGAAGAAGUGGAUCACCAACGGUAUCUGGUGCGACUAUUUCACGACUGCCGUGAGAACCGGUGGCCCGGGAAUGGGCGGCAUCAGUCUCUUGUUGAUCGAGCGCACCGAAGGAGUCAGCACCCGACGCAUGGACUGUCAAGGAGUCUGGAGCAGUGGAACGACCUACAUUACAUUCGAGGACGUCAAGGUGCCUGUGGAGAAUGUCCUGGGCAAGGUCAAUAAAGGUUUCCAAGUGAUCAUGACCAACUUCAACCACGAAAGAAUCGGCAUCAUCAUCCAAUGCCUGCGCUUCUCCCGCGUCUGUUUCGAAGAGUGUGUCAAGUAUGCGUCCAAGAGGAAGACGUUUGGGCAAAAACUUAUCAACCACCCGGUGAUCCGCAUGAAGCUCGCCCACAUGGCGCGCCAGAUCGAGGCCAGCUACAACUGGCUGGAGAACCUGGUGUACCAAUGCCAGCGGAUGGGCGAGACAGAGGCUAUGCUCAGGCUGGGAGGUGCCAUCGCGGGGCUCAAGGCUCAAGCGACUACGACGUUCGAGUUCUGCACCAAGGAGGCGGCGCAGGUGUUUGGUGGUCUGGCUUACUCGCGAGGCGGCCAGGGAGGGAAGAUUGAGCGGCUGUACCGUGACACCCUAGCCUACAAGAUUCCGGGAGGCAGUGAGGAAAUCAUGCUGGAUCUGAGUAUGCGACAGAGCCUGAAGGUGCACAAGGCGCUGGGCAUGAAGCUGUGA